AUGUCCACUCCACCUUCAACAGAUACCUCCAUGUUAUUGUCAUCCAAUGACACUUCAUCAACAUCCACAACAUCCACAACAACAACAACAUCAACAACAUUGUCAGAGCAAUCAUCCUCGCUUGCGACAACUACCACUACACCACCAUCAUCAUCAUCAACAACAUCAACAUCAACAUCAACAAAUAACAAUAUAGAUGAUAUUGAACUGAUUUGUUCAUUAGCUGAGAAGGGCGAGCAUGUCAUUCAAUACCUGUUGCUCUCAAUUCAUUCGAUAACCAAGCAUCUACAAUCAUUGCAAUGGGACCCAGUGUUUCUUCACUCGAUAAUAUACUCGCCUCCCGCCAUGGGCAACACUGGCAAUGGCAACAGCGGCAGCAACAACAGUGGCAACAACGUUAACAACAGCGCGAAUAGUACACCACUGGCUGGAGCCAGUCCUCCUGCAGGCGGAGGCACGGCCACGCCGCGAAGCGGAGGAGGAGCGGACCAGCCGCAGCUUGGCGACCUCAACCUGAACAUCGACUCAUCAACAUUCUACAAAGACAAUGAACGAAUGAAGCAUCUCAACUCGCAGUGUCUAGACUAUGUCGACAAGCUACAACAGCUCGUCAUCGACAUUGUACAUAUCAAAUCAAAGUUGGAGACAGUCGAGUCGUCCAACAGCAGCACUACUGAUGCAACAAUGGAUGAAGAAUCUAGUAGUAGCAUCGACACCAACAAUGGCAACAACAACAGCAACAUAGAUAUCAAAGAGAGUACACAAUCAAAGUCAAAGGAGCUGGAGGACCUCAAGAUGGUGGCCUACAAGAAGAACUGUAUCAUUAAGAAGUUGAUUGAUAACAUGAGACUGCUACAGCUGAGUAUCAACACAAUGAAUAGAGCCAACAUAUCGAACGAUUGA